GGGGGCUGGCGAGCGCGCGGGAGCCGGCGCCAGAGGUCGCCUGUGCGCGCCCGAGCCGGCCCUGGGCACCAUGCCGCGGCGCCUGCACGCCCGGGGCGCGGGCGCAAAGGGCCCGCCUGACCUGCCCGCCUCCGAGGCCGCCGCGCGCCCCCGCCCCGCCGCCUCCGGGGACUCGCCGGCAGCGGCCAAGCCGCUGCUGCGCUGGGACGAGGUACCCGACGACUUCGUGGAGUGCUUCAUCCUGUCCGGCUACCGGCGCCUUCCGUGCACGGCUCAGGAGUGCCUGGCCUCGGUGCUGAAGCCCACGAACGAGACGCUCAACUUCUGGACGCAUUUCAUCCCGCUCCUGCUGUUCCUGAGCAAGUUCUACCGCCUGUUCUUCCUGAGCGGCGGCGACCUGCCCUUCCACCACCCCUGGCUGCUGCCGCUGUGGUGCUACGCUUCGGGGGUGCUGCUGACCUUCGCCAUGAGCUGCACGGCGCACGUGUUCAGCUGCCUGUCGCUGCGCCUGCGUGCAGCCUUCUUCUACCUGGACUACGCGUCCAUCAGCUACUAUGGCUUCGGCAGCACGGUGGCCUACUACUACUACUUGCUGCCUGGCCUGAGCUUGUUGGACGCCAGGGUCAUGACUCCCUACGUGCAGCAGCGCCUGGGCUGGCACGUGGACUGCACGCGCCUCAUCGCCGCCUACCGCGCGCUGGUGCUGCCGGUGGCCUUUGUGCUGGCCGUAGCCUGCACCGUGGCCUGCUGCAAGAGCCGUACCGACUGGUGCUCCUACCCGUUCGCACUGCGCACCUUCGUCUUCGUCAUGCCGCUCAGCAUGGCCUGCCCCAUCAUGCUGGAGAGCUGGCUCUUUGACCUGCGUGGCGAGAACCCCACGCUCUUCGUGCACUUCUACCGCCGCUACUUCUGGCUGGUGGUGGCCGCCUUCUUCAACGUGAGCAAGAUCCCCGAGCGCAUCCAGCCGGGCCUCUUUGACAUCAUCGGUCACAGCCACCAGCUCUUCCACAUCUUCACUUUCCUCAGCAUCUACGAUCAGGUGUACUACGUGGAGGAGGGCCUGCGCCAGUUUCUCAAGGCGCCCCCUGCCGCACCCACCUUCUCGGGCACCGUGGGCUACAUGCUGCUGCUGGUGGUUUGUCUGGGGCUGGUCAUCAGGAAGUUCCUGAGCCACACGGAAUUCAGCAGUAAAAAGUGAGCCUCUGCUUCGGAGGAGGCUGCUGGCUCGUCCACCUGUUUGUUUGGAGUUUCUGUUGUUGCUACUGUUGAUUUCUUUUCACGUUUUGUUGUGUUUCCUUCUUUGCCCGAGGAGGGUGCUGCAAAACUCCAGGGAGAAGUCCAGGGUGACAGGGGGUCUCAGUGAGCUUGGGGCUUUGGAAGAGGGAGGAAGGUCAAGCAGGAGGAAGAGGGCUCCUGGCUGUUGCCCCUGGACAAAAAUCAGGUGGUGUCUGUGACACCCAGGGAUUUUUCAAAGGCAGUACAUAAAAUCCCCAGUAAAACCCCAAGCAGUUCAAUUUUCCAGUCAUCUUCUGUGCCAGCGGUAAUAACAAGUAGCCCCUGUGAAGUCAGGUAUGAAGUAAAGAGAUUAAGAAGACAACAUCCCUGGGUACUUGCAUUUCAGUCUGAGGAAUGCUUGGAUUUGUCAAAAGAAUGGAGCUUUGUAGGAAACCGGCACGAAGACACAAAUCCAGGGUUUAACCUGCUAGAAAAUGCAUGGAAUGUGAACACAAGUUAAUUAUUUCAAAAUGCUUCUCAGAUAUUAUUUAAAUAUUAAUAUAUACAAUGAUUUUUCAUAAUUUACGGAAGCUUCUGAUAUGCACUGAUUUUUCUUUGUCAUGUAAUUUUGAAUUUUGCAGACCUUCUGCAUUGCAUACACUUGAACUGGACGUCAGGGCAAGCUGCUUGAGAAUUCUCAACUACUUUUUUUAAACAGUGUUUUCUGAUGGCCUGUGUGUGUCAUGAUUCAACUGUGAAUUAUUCUACUUUGGGGACACUGGUUAAACUACUGGUGAGAAACUUGGUGGUUUGUACAGAUCCAAGAUUCCUAUUUACUUUGAUGUAUUUCACAAAAACCAUCCUAUUUUUGUUUAGUUUUGUUUUGAAUCUUAUUCUUUCCUUCUCUACUUAUUUAAAUUGCCACUGGAAUAAAUGUGCCUUUUGAAGCAAUGCCCAAA